AUUUAUUCCCUGACAGCCCCCAUCACAUGGACGGUUGUCUAUUAACUUGUUUCAAAAAAGUAGCAGGACUUGUCAAAGGCGCACGAUGAAAAGUAGUUUGCUGGCUGUGUGAGAAGCAGCAUUGGAGAGCAGAGCAGAGCAGCGACAGAAAAGAGCAGAGAAAUCAUUUGGGGAGCAGAGAAGAAGUUGUGUUAUUUUGGGGCACCCCCCCACACACACCAACCGCCUCAAUGUACAACAUGAUGGAGACCGAGCUGAAACCCGCCGCCCCCCAGCAACCUUCCGGCGGGGGCAACUCCAACCAGUCGGCCGCCAACCAGAAAAACAGCCCGGACCGGGUGAAGAGACCCAUGAACGCCUUCAUGGUAUGGUCCAGAGGGCAGAGGAGGAAGAUGGCCCAGGAGAACCCUAAGAUGCAUAACUCUGAGAUCAGUAAGAGGCUAGGGGCUGAAUGGAAGCUUCUCUCUGAGGCCGAGAAGAGACCCUUCAUUGAUGAGGCCAAGAGGCUCCGAGCCCUCCACAUGAAGGAACACCCGGAUUAUAAAUACCGGCCCAGGAGGAAAACCAAAACCCUCAUGAAGAAGGAUAAGUACACCCUACCAGGGGGAUUGCUAGCUCCUGGGGGCAACUCCCUGGGCUCAGGGGUCGGGGGCAGCCUAGGAGCCGGGGUCAACCAGAGGAUGGACAGCUAUGCCCACAUGAACGGCUGGACCAACGGCGGCUACGGCAUGAUGCAAGAGCAGCUCGGUUACCCCCAACACCCAGGGCUCAAUGCCCACAACGCCGCUCAGAUGCAACCCAUGCACCGCUACGACGUCAGCGCCCUCCAAUACAACUCCAUGAGUAGUUCUCAGUCCUACAUGAACGGUUCACCUACCUACAGCAUGUCCUACUCCCAACAAGGGGGCCCCGGGAUGACCCUGGCUUCCAUGGGCUCCGUGGUCAAGUCUGAAUCCAGCUCCAGCCCGCCCGUGGUCACCUCGUCCUCCCACUCCAGGGCUCCUUGUCAAGCGGGGGACCUCCGGGACAUGAUCAGCAUGUACCUACCUGGGGCAGAAGUGCCAGAGAACUCUGCCCAAAGCAGACUGCACAUGUCCCAGCACUAUCAGAGCGCCUCCGUACCGGGCACAACCAUCAAUGGCACGCUUCCUCUAUCACACAUGUGAAAAACAAAAAAUAAGCACAGCAAAAAAAA